AAUUAUACCAUCGAAUUCAAGAAAUAAUCUGCACUAAAGUUGCUCGAUUUACCGGAAGUUGAAAGAGAAAUUUUAACUUCCGUUUCUAUGGAACGUGACUGCGGGGGCCAGCGGAAGAGAAAUUUGACUCUCGUGCCUUUCCCGCGUGCUUCCAUCCCAGAACAAAGAUGGCUGCCGGUUCUGUCAACUGCGAGGCUGCUUUCCUCAAUUUUAAUGCCGAAUUCGAGCGAAACGGGUAGGUAUUUUCUCUUUUUAUUUUGAGUUUUUUUGAAAGUAAUAUUUUUCAGAAGGCCCUUUAGCGUUUCCUUUGAUUAUUUGUUUAGAUUUGGGAAAACACCCGACGGUCUCGCAAAUCUCCUUCGUACGGCAGCGAGAAAGCCUGGAGAAACGGCCGAAAGGAUGCGGCAUCGCAUCUACUCUAGGCUAUACGGAAUUAUGUGGGUAAGUGACUUGAGUAUACCAGUAAUUUAAUUUUAAGUUCUCGAUAGUAACAAAAUGUCCCAAACGUUUCUCUAUCUUUACGUGGUGGUUGCACAGCAUAUCCUCGUGGGAAAUUAUCGCAUUCUCAUCCAUUGUACUAAGCUAAAUAAGUGCUUCGCGUUGUACUUAGUUGUAUCUCUCGAGCAAAUGCAAAUCUUUCGCUUAUAUAUUGAAAACAUUUUUGUUGAUGUUGUUGUCUUAGAUGUAUUUUUCAUUUCGUUCUUCAGCAUGGAUGUAAAAUUGGCCGAGGUCAGUUUACUGGGGGUCAACCCACUUUUGUCUUCCCAGAAUGUUUGAAGAAAGUGGUGCGCGCCAUCAUACAAGAGGAUGUCCGCGACUACGAGGAUCCAGUUGGUCCCCAUGUAAGUUAAUGCUUCUGAUUUUAUAUGGUAUCAAUGACUAUGAAAAGGCAAGACCAAUCCCUCGAUAUUCAUUUUGCUUAUGAGCUCAUUCAAUGUUCCCAUGGGUUGACUGCUGUUCAAUCAAGAGAAACAUUUUCCCUCUAAACCUUCAGACGCUGAAAAUUUGAGAAAACGUAUGUUACAAGGCUGUGGCUGUAAUAUGUUUGAUUGUUGAUGACUUCUGUGUGUUUUUUAGGUAUAUCGCGUCACAUUGCAAGACCUGGUAGACACAAAGUGGCCAGCAGUAAAAAAGGAAAAAAAGAAUAGGAAGAAUUAA